AUGGAGGAGGAGCUGGCAGCCAGCAGCUUUCGACUGACCCACCUCUCAGAGAUGGCCUGCCAGUCCUCCCUGAAGCAGGACCUGUCCAGCCCACUGCAGUCACACUCCUUCCUCCUUGCCUCCCAAGCGAUGCCAACAGCUGCCGAACUGACCAUCACGCCAAUUCCAUCUCAGCCAUUGGAAGGAGACAACGUUACCCUGUUGGUUCAGGGCUUGCUUGAGGGUGAGAUCCUGUCCUUCAACUGGUUUAGAGGAAGUGGCACAGAGCUGUCCCAGCAGAUCAUAACCUUCCGGGUGCUCUCAGGGGGCAUCACACUCGGCGCUGCCCACACGGGCAGGGAGACGGUGAGCCCAGAUGGGUCCUUGCACAUCACUGGGCUCAACCUCACCGACACCAGCCCCUACACCCUGCGGAAGAUUAUGAUGGACAUGAACCAACCGACAUGGAAUGUCUACUUGUCUGUGUUUGAGAAACUCGCUCCGCCCACCAUCAUGGCCUCUGUGUUGGCCCCCCUGGAGUCGCAGGACUCGGUGACCCUGAGCUGCCAGUCCCCAAGCAAGGAUGCCAUCUUCCAGUGGUACAUCGACAAGGAGCCGGCGGUGGGCAGUGGGCGGCUGGAGCUGUCCCCAGACCAGCGGAGCCUAACCAUCCACCAGGUGUCCCGGAGAGACAUGGGGCCUUACCAGUGUGAGGCCAAGAACCCCGCCGUCACCAGCCUCAGUGAGCCCCUGCUCCUAGAUGUCAUCUAUGGUCCCGACAUCCCCUUGAUCAAUCCCAUGGAUUCCACCUUUGUGGUCGGCUCCAAUCUCACCCUCUCCUGCUUUGCCGACUCCAACCCGCCUGCUGAGUACACGUGGACGGUGGCCGGGAGUCUAGCGGUGGCCGGGCAGCUCCUCUCCAUCCCACAUGUCUCGCUGAAUAGCUCAGGGUUGUACCGCUGCCAGGCCACCAAUGCGGACACGGGCAUGCAGAGCACAGCCCAGUUGGAAGUCCGUAUCAAAGAAGCCCCAGAUAAGAACAAUCAGGGCUCUGGCGUCUAUGGACCCUCCAUCCCUGGAGGGGGCAUCGCUGGCAUUGUGUUCGGAGUAUUGAUUGGCAUGGUUCUGACAGCCACCGUGGGCUACUUCCUGGGCUUCCUGAGAGACCAGAUCAGGGCAGCUGUGUUGUCUCACCUGAGAAGGCUGUCCAACAUCAGUCCUUCUGCGCUGGGCUGCGUGAACCUGACAAAAAUUAACCCAGAGGCCAGGUUGGUGCCAACAGCCCUGUGA